CAGCUAAUUUCAUUUCAAAGUCAAAAUUCGUAAACCACGUGUGGUGUGUUUUGAUUUUUAAAAUUAAUUAGGAUCCUAAAAAGUUAUAAAAUGGGUAAAUUCAGAUCUAAAAUUAAAGGAAAAACAAAGGGGCAAAGAUGGAAAAGAGGCCAGUCUUCUAAUUCAAAUCCCAAAACUCAAAAAUAUAGAGAGAUGGCGAAAUCCCGGUUUUUUCAAGAAAAUUUAACCAAUUCUGGCCUCACCCAGCAAGCAGUGCUUAAGCACGAUGCUAUGAUCACAUACGGACACAAGAAACAGAAGUCCACAGACAAUGAGUCCAUAAUUACAAAGGAAUUUGAGAACAUGUCUGUAAGAACAGGGGAUGAGGAAUCAGACACUGAGUACACAGGGUCUGUGAAGUCCGGCACUUAUAAGACGUUUCAGACAUUUGCGUCUGAUUGGAGUCAAUGCUCCAAUGUUAGCUUUAGCAAGUUGUUGACAAGGUUUGACUCAAACAAUGCUGUUCACAAGGAGAUGUUGGCUGUGCUGGCCGCUGUGGCCGAGGUGAUCAAAGAGCAGGGUGGCAAGGACUCCACCACUGAGUAUUUUGCUGCACUGAUGCAAACUCUAAAAGCAUCGGAAGGCGAUGAGAGUGUGAUGGCAACAUUAUCACUUUUGUCCAUGGGCAUCAAGUCCGUACCCCAAGCUGUGUUGAGGAAACAGUUCUCUGACUGUGCUACAAUAUUCACAGAGAUUUUGGAAAAGAAUGAGCAAUCAGAGAAUGGGACACUAUUGAGAAGUGCGAUAGGUUGCUUGUCAGUGUUGCUGAGGGCCCAGGAGUACGCUCUAUGGGGCGAUUCCUCUACUUUGAGGGUGUUUGAGUCUAUAUUGGCGUUUUCGUUGCAUUCUAAACCGAAGGUUCGUAAAGCCGCCCAGCAUGCAGUGACGGCGGUUCUAAGAGGCAGCUGUUUCAUGAUCCCUUCAGAAGAUCAGAAAACCAAGGCUCCCAAACUGCAUCCAGCCUCUAACCGCACGGCAGAGUUUUGUUUGUCUCAAAUAAAACCUGAAGCGCUUCUGUCGGGGCAUCGCACAGUGCUGCACACCCUGACUCUACUGCGCGACGUGCUGCCCGUGUUUAGUAAGGAAUAUAUAAAGAGCUUAUGCGAAGCUAUCCUUUCGUUGAUGACCCACAACAACGUAUACAUCAAGACGUGUUGCCUGCACACGCUUCACGCGCUGUUCUCCGCGCCGCGCGACGUAUGCAACCUGACCGCCGGCCUGGCCGUGCAGCUGGCCAGGGCGCUGAUGGCUGCCAGGCCGCCCGCCAACGACACUGGCCAGGUGCUGGCGUGGACUGCGGUGCUACAGCAGGGAUAUGGCUGUCUUGCUGGCUUAGACUUAAACCUGUGCGCCCCACACCUGCCACAGUUCGUAAACAUCUGCGUGUCGGAGUUGUGGCUCUCGGACGUGGCUGAUGUCAACUCCGCAUCCACCAACGCCCUGAAGGCCAUCCUCCUAGAUUGUGUAAAGCCAGCAAUACAAUCAGAUGAGUGCUUGCUGAAACACAAACAGCAUAUCGACAAUGUAUUCAAAAUGAUUGGCACCGGACUAGAUAAUCCCUUCAACCAAGCCAUCAAGCAUGUUGUACUUACCAUCGCUGUUUGUUUUGAGAUAGGCAACGAAAAAAUCGAGUACAUCCUAGCACCGCUACUAAAGAAGCUAAAUGAACGUCGCGAAAGUCACAAUUUCCACAACGAAAAGGAGGCGGAAUAUGCUACAGGAUGCGCAAUCAAAUCUCUAGGCCCAGAGUUCGUAUUGAAAAUAAUCCCACUCAGAGACGGAACGAAUAUAAACUUGGACAGAAGUUGGUUGCUACCGGUCAUGAAAGAGAAAAUCACUAGUUCAAAUUUGAAAUUUUUCGCAACAGAAAUUUUGGAAAUGGCAACCUUCUGUCGUAAAAAGUCGCGCGAAUUUGCGGAUAUGAAAGACACCCCUGGGUCGCACACCUACGAUUUGCUGUGCAACCAGCUGUGGUCUCUGUUCCCGAGUUUCUGCAACCAGCCGAAGGAUGUCAAAGACAGCUUUAAAAUCUUAGCUCGCGUAUUGGGGAACGUGCUUAAGGACAAUCCGGAGUUCAGAUUGUCUAUAAUGCAAGGUCUAAGGAAGCUUAUAGCCUGUUCCGAAGACAACUUAGAGGACAGGACCGAACUAGCCCGCUUCGCUAAGAACUACGUGCCGAUUUUGUUGAACAUAUACAUGUCGCCUGUUAAGUUGUUGAGUGGCGCAGAGGGUCAGAGGUUAGCCGCUUUGGAGACCAUACAGGUUUAUCUAACUAUAUGCGACCAAACACUGAGAGAGGAAUUCUUUACUAACGCCUUACAACAAUUGGAAGCGUCCAAAGACAACCAUUUUCAAAGAGAAUCCAUUUUAGAUGUGAUACGUUUACUUGUAUUGUAUCAAAACUCCGAACAAAUUGCUAGUCUAUUCGAGAAGUGGGUGUAUCCUCUAUGCGACACAGUGUUGGAGGAUCCAAAAACAUUUUAUAAGAAGAAUAAAAAAGAAAGAAUGAAUAUGGAUGAAACACAAGAAAAUGGAGACAAGAAAAAGGAACUAAGGUACAAAGACAAAGCGAAACUUUUAGAAAUGGAACACAAAAAGGCGUACAGGAUCCUAGAAGAGAUAUUUAAGAGCGACAAAGAGAGUUGCAAAGACUUCUUAACGAAAAACCAGAAACGGAUAAAGAAAUUAUUGAUGUCCUCUUUGAACAAGGUCGCUGACAGUAGCAAAGCUGCGAGGUUGAGAUGCAUAGAACAUUUAAUAAACUCGUCGCCUCACCUCAACGCUGAGAGCAAGCUAGUGAAGAGCGCCAUAGCCGAGUCCGUCAUAUGUACGCGUGACAUCAACUCCAAAUGUCGGCAGUGCGCCUUCAACCUUAUCAACUCUAUUGGAAAUGUACUCAAAAACCAGGACGGAGGUAUGCAGUCGUUCAUAACAUUGCUCCUGUCCGGCCUGUCGGCGCCGCUCCCGCGCAUAGCCAGCGCCACGCUGCGCGCGCUCGCCUCAGCCCUGUUCAACUUCUCCGAGGAGAUGGGGCUGGAGACGGUGCAGGCGCUGCUGGAGACGGUCAGCCAGCAGAUGCUCACCAACAACAGGGAGAUCGUGGCAGCCGCCAUGAGUUUCCUCAAGGUGUAUACCAAAGUGAUACCAACAGAGGCACUGGCGGGUAGUUUGCCGAUAAUAUUCAAAACCCUAUCAACAAUGAGCGAUGACUGCAAACGGCAUUCGCGUUUGGAAAUAGGUUACUUCCUUAUUCGGAUGACGAGGAAGUUUGGCGCGGAAAUAGUGGAGAGACUAAUUCCUGAACAAGACCAAGUGAUGUUGCGGAGACUGAGGAAUGUGAGGAAGAUGGAUAAUAGGAGGAAGAGGCUCAAAGAAGGACAAAGGGACCAAGACGAUUCAGGAUCAGAUAUGGAUGUGAAAGGCACCUCUAAGACCUUGGAAGACAUCCUCAAAGACUCAGACUCGGAAAUGGAAUUCCUGGAUGAGGAAGAAGAACAUCCCAGGGCCAAGGCGAAAGCUAAGGGGAAGAAGAAGAACCAGGCCUGGAUCCAGGACGAUCCGGAGAAUAUUGUGGAUUUGGCUGAUGUGUCAUCUGCUAGGAAGAUAACAGCAACGAACCCCGCACAGAAGAAGCGCUUACCAGAAGAGAAGAAAGCGAAGAAAGAUGGCGGCUUCAGAACGGCGCCCGACGGCCGGCUCAUCAUCAGCGACGAGCUCGCCGACGACGACGACAACGACGAGCCGCGGCCCAGCGGCGACGUCGACAGCGACACUGACGAUACGGAUAACGAGGCAGAGGAGUCCAAGCCGUCCAAGCUGCUGAAGCCGGGCGCCAAGCGGCGCUACGACGACAUCCUGAGCAUCAAGAGCGGGCGCAGCACCCGCAGCCGCGCCUCCACCGUCACCGUCGGCUCCAAGUACCAGGCCGGGGGGAGGGGCAUACACAGACCACUUGGAUCAGCGGCCUCAGUGUCUUCAGCUAUUGGUUCAGAGUACAGAUCUAAAAAGGCGAAGGGCGACAUCAAGAAGCGAGGGAAGCCCGAGCCAUACGCCUACCUGCCGCUGUCUAGGAAUAAUUUAAACAAAAGAAAAAAGUCUGUCGGGUCCAACCAAUUCAAAGGUGUUGUGAAGGCGAAAACAAAAGGCAGAUUUAACAGGAAGAAUAAAUAAAUAGAUUAUUUAAACUUUGUUGUUUGUAUCUCAAAGCAUUUCUUUGUAAAAAUAGAAAUAUAUAAUCUACAAAUGAUUUUAUAUUGUAUGCUUCUUAUUAUAAAAACUAGAUCAAAAGAAAUCUUGUGAAUUUUAUGAAACAAAUGUUCGAUACGUCAAGUCAUAACUUGGUAUCGAAAACAAUCGAUUUAAUGACUUGGAUUCGAUUCCCAGCCUGGAUAAUUCAGGUUUCAGUACAUAUUUUCUAAAUUGGUUCAAGAUUGGUGGCUUCGGCAGCGGCUAAGUGCCGGUAUAGGUAUCCUAUUAUAUUAUUUUUAUUCCUAUUUAGGCAACGUUGUUAGCGAUAGUUAUUAUAAGGAAUUAAUUAA